CACCUCCAGAGAGGUCAAACAGUGUCAAGGACAUUUGUGUUUAGAAAGCGGUUGUGGCUGGUGACUGCUGAAUUUAGAGCACAGAAGUGGCGAAUAUGUUCAUUUCUUCGCUCUUCAGCGGAAUUACAAAGUACUUUGUCAGCCAGACAAGAAGUCUGGUAAGACUGUCAAAGGAUAAAGUCGGCGUAAUAGGCGUCCCUUCCUGCAAAGGACAGAGUGCAGGCGGAGUACAACAUGGACCCAAGGCACUAAGACAGGCGGGCAUUAUUGACAAACUGACUCAGUUAGGUGUAGAGGUUUAUGAUUAUGGGGACUUGGUAUUUGAACAGUUUGAUGAUGACACACCUAUUCUGGGUUUGAAGAACCCUAAGAACAUUGGACUGGCAGCUAAAAAGAUAUCAGAUCAGGUGUCCAGAGUGAUCAAGGAUGACCAGAUAGCGCUUACCCUGGGGGGUGACCACAGUCUCUCCAUUGGGACCAUCCACGGUCAUGCUGCUGCAGAGAAGAACAUGUGCCUUGUGUGGGUGGACGCACACGCUGACAUCAAUACCCCACUCACCUCGCCAUCAGGCAAUGUCCACGGGAUGGCACUGUCCUUCCUGGUCAAAGAACUGAAGGAGUACAUACCACAAAUCCCUCACUUUGAAUGGAUUAAACCUUGUAUUAGUGCCAAGGACAUAGCUUACAUUGGACUGAGGGAUUUAGAUCCAGGAGAACUGUGGAUUGUGCGUAACAUGGGUAUAAGCUGCUUCACGAUGCAUGAAGUAGACAGAUAUGGUAUUGACAUGGUGCUGAGGAUGUCCAUGCAAGCCAUCAAUCCACAUGGAGACAGACCUAUCCACCUGAGUUUUGAUGUGGACUCUCUAGAUCCCAGAAUAUCUGCUGCCACAGGGACCCCAGUUCCUGGUGGGUUGUCAGUUAGAGAAGGCAUCUAUAUUGCUGAGGAGCUGGCAGCUACAGGUAAACUGACGGCAGUGGACCUUGUAGAGGUGAACCCUUUGCUAGGAACCAAAGAGGAGAGAGAUCUUACAGUGUAUGCUGCCACAGAGAUUGCUAGGGCAUGCUUUGGAAAGAAACGAGAGGGCAACAUUCCCCCUGGCUACGUGCUGCCUAGACCGGACACUACCACAGUGGCGUCCUCAGCUAAAUACGGGGAGGAAGUGGAAAGACCAUAGGAACAGCAAGUCUCAUCUGUGGCCUGUUCAGCUGCAAAAACCAAGCCAAACUGCUACUUUGUCUUAUAAUCUCCGAUAGUAUUCACAUUAUUUUUAUCUUUGCACAGAACAAGCUUUACCUGGAAGUUUGGCAAUUUUUUCAUUAAUGCCAAGGGAUAAACUGGCAUGAAUUAGCUUACAAAUAAAGAUCAAAUGUUAGGUUUUGAAAAUCAAACCCAGAAAAAUGUCAUUCAGAGCUUAAUGGAAUUCUAGGCUACGCUAGUUUUCAUGUUUUUUUUUUUACUGUGUAAGCCAAUGGAGGUGUAGGUCAUUUUUGGCUGAAAAUUUUGAACUGAGUACAUCACAUUUUCAACAUUUAUUUUGGCUCAUUUCACCAAGACCCCUUUGAAACAAGGUGUCACAUUUCAUUUUUAUUAUGAUGCAGAAUUUAUAUUUGCAGCAUUGCAUAAACAUUCCUCGAUUAGUUAAAAAUUAGUAAGAGAUUUCACUAGUAUGCUUGUUUUUCAGCAUUUAUUUUUGUUUCUGAUGUUAUGUGGAA